AUGUUCAUUAGCAGUUUAUUUACAACAACAGUAGUAGUUGCCAGUUAUGGAUCAGAACAAAUUGUAUCCAAUCAUUUUCAAGGUGAACCCUAUGAACAUGACACUUACAACUUAAAAAAUCUUGAUGGAGAUAGCUAUUCAGAAAUCCAUGAAUUCACGCCACCAAAAAUUGACUCUUUCAGUCAUUACAAUAGAUUUUCUGACUACUCUAAUUUUGAUAAUGCAGAUUCGUCAUUACACAGCCAUUCAAGCUUCGUUUCUGAAAACGAUUGGGGCCAACAUCAUCACUAUUCUGAUCAAGCAGUACCAAUUAGCCAGCACAUUGAAGUGACAAAAUCUAUAGCAGUUCCUGUUGUCAAGAAUAUUGGCACGCCUGUAGCACACCCAUAUGCUAUACCAGUGCCACAUCCAAUGGCUAUACCAGUACCGCAACCCUAUCCAGUUCACGUUCCCAUAGGACACCCUGUAGCAAUUCCGAUUAUAAAAACUGUAGCAGUACCAGUUGAAAAGAAAGUCCCUUAUACUAUUGAGAGAAUAAUUCCUGUACCAGUGGAGAAGCCCGUGCCUGUAGCUGUUGAGAAACAUAUACCGGUUCCUGUUGAAAAACCCUAUCCAAUUCACAUUCCUGUUUAUAAGCAUAUUUACCACAAACACGGCCCUGGACUUAAGGAUGGUCAUGGUCACGGUCAUGGUCACAGUCGUAGUCAUGCUCGCGUAUAUCGUCACAACCAUAAAGUGUAA